AUGGUAUCUGCUAAGCUACCAUCCAUUUUCAUCGAAGCGCAAUUGCCUCUCAUCUACGCCAACAUCAUUUUAGCUUUUGCCCUGGGUCCGCAGGCCCACACAUUUCGUGUCUGCCUCACUUUACCCAUUCUUCUCUUUCUGGUUUGUCAAUCGUUGUACAGAGAGCAGAAUGGUCCAUGGGAAGAUCUGUUGUCUAACAACAGCUUGGUGAUGUUCACCGUGUUUGUUUAUAUCGACUGGAUUCUACUGCAAAGUCCGGACCGAGAACAAUGGCACAAGCUUAACAACGCCAAGACAGAAAGUAAUGGCCCAACGAAAGCAAAAGAAUCAGGCCCUCCACAUGGUUUCUUCCAGAGAAUUUGGUUUGGCUGCAGGAUAGCAACGGCGUGGCGGUACAUAGGGUGGUCAUGUCAGGUCAAGAAUGUUCCUAUGGAGCAUAGUGCUGGCUACCCACGACGCUAUUUCAUUGCUCGGAAGAGUCUGCGGGCUCUCGCGUUUUAUCUUAUGAAAGAAACACUAGAAGUCUACACGGCGUCGACCCCUCACGGGGGCUGGUGGGAUACGCAGAACACGAAGCCAGCCCUCAGUAUCAAAAAUGUGCCAUUGUGGCACCAAUUCAAGUAUACGUGGGUACACAUAUUUCUCGCUUACGCUACUCUCGAAAUGGCGAAUUCCAUACUCGGUGUCGUGAGUGUGAUACUUCACCUAGCAACACCACAAGAAUGUCCUAGCGCUUUCGGGGACCUCAAAGAUUUUUUCACAGUGAGAAAAGCUUGGUCGACGGUGUGGCAUCAGCACAUGCGACGGCUUACCUCUACUAUGGGUUUAUUUGUUGCCCGUGAUCUCAUGCAACUUCGAAAAGGAUCUUUUCAAUCGAAAUACGUGCAACUGUUUGUUGGCUUUGGUGUUUCUGCUGGCCUUCAUGCAGGCGUUGCUUUACUGUGCAGUAAGGCUUUAAAUGAUGAUUCAGCGCUCUUUUUCUUCGGAAUACAGGCCCCGAUCAUCAUGCUCGAGGAUCACGUUAUUGCAAAGGGAAAAUCUCUAGGUUUUAAAGAUUCUCCUCUAUGGAGAUUUAUUGGCUUUGUGUGGACAACGCUAGCGAUUGGGUUUACAUGCCGUGCUUGGGUUGGCUCCAUGAUAGACAACGGCAUGUGGGUGCAUGCCCGCAAGAAAGAUUCGGUUAUUCAAGGUUUACUCAUUAACGCUAUACAGCAACCUUAG